AUGACGUCAUCCCAGCAGGCUUGCGUCAUCGCCCCGGUGCCUGCGGCCCCUCCCGGCGCGUUGCUCGGCCCUGGCUGCAUCGGGGAGCGCGGGAUCACCCGGCCCUGUCCCCAGCCGUGUCGGAGGGGGGCGCGGGCGGGGGCCCCGCAUGCCAUUGUCGCCCGCGGAGGCCGCGCCCGGAGCCGAAGCGUGACUGACAGCGAGCGGGGGAGGAGCGCGGCCGUCGAUUGGCUGGAGCGAGGGCUCGGAUCGCCGCGCGCUCGCCGCUCGCCCGCCAGCCCGCCCGUGGUCCGUGGCGGCGCGCUCCACCCGGCACGGGGAGGCGCGGGGCGCACCAUAGCCGCAGACACGCCGGGGAAACCGAGCGCCUCGCCGAUGGCAGGAGCGCCGGCCAGCGCCAGCCGGACCCCAGACAAGCCCCGGAGCGCGGCCGAGCACCGCAAGUCCUCCAAGCCGGUCAUGGAGAAGCGGCGCCGAGCGCGCAUUAACGAGAGCCUCGCUCAGCUCAAAACCCUCAUCCUGGACGCCCUCAGAAAAGAGAGCUCCCGCCACUCGAAGCUGGAGAAGGCGGACAUCCUGGAGAUGACCGUGAGACACCUGCGGAGCCUGCGUCGCGUGCAGGUGACGGCCGUGCUCAGCGCCGACCCCGCCGUCCUGGGCAAGUACCGCGCCGGCUUCCACGAGUGUCUGGAGGAGGUGAACCGCUUCCUGGCCGGCUGCGAGGGCGUCCCGGCCGACGUGCGCUCCCGCCUGCUGGGCCACCUGGCAGCCUGCCUGCGCCAGCUGGGACCCUCCCGCCGCCCGGCCUCGCUGUCCCCGGCUGCCCCCGCAGAGGCCCCAGCGCCCGAGGUCUACGCGGGCCGCCCGCUGCUGCCAUCGCUCGGCGGCCCCUUCCCUCUGCUCGCGCCGCCGCUGCUGCCGGGUGUGACCCGGGCGCUGCCCGCCGCCCCCAGGGCGGGGCCGCAGGGCCCGGGUGGGCCCUGGAGGCCGUGGCUGCGCUGAGGCUGUGGCCCUGGGACUGCAUCGGAGGCGGCGCCCCGUUCUAGGGCCGUGGUCUUUGCCGAGACUGUAGCAGAGAAUACGUAUUUAUUAUUCCAGA